AUGAACAUCUCUUCUAUGUUAUCAUCAGAUAAUAAUGUGUCGUUGAAAGAGUCGAUGACAACGGCAACUGAUCAACAGCAACAACAGCAGGCGGAACUGGUGGAUCAUGCAUCAAUCAAUGGAAAUGGACAAACAUCAGUGCUGGCAGUGAAUAAUGUUCAAGAGAACCAUCUAUCAGAAUUUCAUUCACUGAACCAACAACAUUCCAGUAUACCUCCUGUUGGAACUACUGUGGAACACGCCACCACAACCACCACAACCGCAACUAACCAUCAACCAGUUAAUCUGUCACCUUUGAAACAUUCUGUUGAUGAAAAUUCCAAUCCUACUACCAUAUCCUCAUUGAAAAAAGACACAAACUCUAUUAUUGCUAGUAUACUACCAGAAAGUUAUCAAUUUGAUAAUUCAUAUACACCUACAAUAGAUCAAAAAUACAAAUCAGUAUUUGAAUCCAAUAUAAAUGUCAUUAAUCAAUUAGAUCAAUACCAACAAAUGGGUCAUCAUUUGAAAUUAAUGAAAUUUGAUGAAGUUAAAUUGAACAAUUAUCUUAUUAAUACUGGUCAAUUUGCUUCAAAUUAUAUUGAUAGAGUUGUUGCUGAAGAUAUAUCUUCAAGAAAUAAUAAAAUUAGUGAAACUAAUAAAAAUAAAGAGUUAAUUGCUAUUGAUUAUUCGAAACCAUUACAUCAUAAUAGUACUAGAGGUAAAGAAUUUAAAUGGGGUUCAACAAGGAAAAUUCAUAAAGUUGAACACAAAUCAAGAAGAAGAAAACCUGCUGCUACAACCAGUACUACAGAUGAUUCAAAUAAAGCUGUUGCUGCUGCUGCAAAUGGUACAAAAGAUCAUAGUGCUACAGCAGGAACCACUGCCUCUGCCAAUGGUUCUGAUACACCUGAUCGCCGUCAUCAACGUCAAUCUUCAAAACCUUCAACUCCUAUUUUGAUAAAACCAAAGACUGAACCUGGUAAAGGACUGCCUGAAAUACAACCAAGAAGAAGUAGUCGUCCUAAAGUGAAAAGAAAGGCAUUUGAAGAUGAAUUAGAAACUGCUGACAAGCAAUCAUCUACUCAACAAGUAAAGAAAUCACAAGAAUCGACUGGUAGAGAUCAUAAACGUGUCAAGAUUGAGAAUAAACAGGAAGAACAGCAACAGCAUCAACAGCAGCAGCAAGCAGAUGAAGAAGACGAAGCUGAAGCAGAAGCAGAAGCAGAACAAAAGCCUAAAUCUGGUGCAUUAUCAGAAGCUGCUGCUGCAGGUAUGACUGCUAAAGAAUUUAAAGCCUUUAUGAGACAAUAUGAUAAUACAUAUAUUGCCAUUUGGAAAGAUUUGUCGAGAAAAGAUGGACCGAAAGGAAGUAGGCUGAUGCAACAAGCUACUCAAGGUAGACUUAUUAAUCUUAGAAAGACGGCAUUAUUGGCUGCUAGAGAAGCUAAAAGAUGGCAAUUGAAAAAUACCAAGAAUCAAAAAGAUCUUACUACUAAAGCCAGAAGAGCCAUGAGAGAAAUGUUUAAUUUCUGGAAACGAAAUGAAAGACUCGAACGUGAUUUGAAGAAGAAACAUGAAAAGGAAUUAUUAGAUAAAGCCAAAAAAGAGGAAGAAGAAAGAGAAGCCAAAAGACAACUGAGAAAAUUAAAUUUCUUAAUUACUCAAACCGAAUUAUAUUCACAUUUCAUUGGUAAAAAAAUUAAAACUGAUGAACUUGAAGGUACUAAUGCUGAUGAUAAUUUGAAAUCAAACACCAAAGAACAUUUGGAUAAAUAUGCUGAUGUUGAUGGAUCUGCCACUCAUGAUAUUAAUGCUGUUGAUUUUGAUAAUGAUGAUGAAGAAGCAUUACGCAGAAUGGCAGCCCAAAAUGCACAAAAUGCUCUUAUUGAAGUGCAAAAUAAGGCUAAACAAUUUGAUAAUAGUGAAGAAUCAUUCAAAAAUCCUGACACCAAUGGUGAAGAAAUGAAUUUCCAGAAUCCAACCUUAUUAGGAGAUAUCACUAUACCUCAACCAAAUAUGUUGAAAUGUACUUUGAAAGAAUAUCAAUUGAAAGGUUUGAAUUGGUUAGCAAACUUGUAUGAACAAGGUAUCAAUGGUAUUUUGGCUGAUGAGAUGGGUUUAGGUAAAACCGUUCAAAGUAUAUCGGUAUUGGCAUAUUUAGCUGAAACUUAUAAUAUGUGGGGUCCAUUUUUGGUGGUGACUCCAGCAUCAACAUUGCAUAAUUGGCAACAAGAAAUUACGAAAUUUGUUCCUGAAUUUAAAGUAUUACCAUAUUGGGGGAAUGCUAAAGAUCGAAAAAUUUUACGUAAAUUUUGGGAUAGGAAAAGUCUUCGAUACGAUAAGGAUUCACCAUUCCAUGUUUUAGUUACAUCUUAUCAAUUGAUUGUUGCUGAUAUUGCUUAUUUCCAAAAAAUGAAAUGGCAAUAUAUGAUUUUAGAUGAAGCUCAAGCUAUUAAAUCAUCGUCUUCAUCAAGAUGGAAAUCCCUUUUGAAUUUAACUUGUCGUAAUAGAUUAUUAUUGACGGGUACUCCAAUUCAAAAUUCCAUGCAAGAAUUAUGGGCUCUUUUACAUUUCAUUAUGCCGUCAAUUUUCGAUUCUCAUGAUGAAUUUAGUGAUUGGUUUGCUAAAGAUAUUGAAAGUCAUGCACAAUCCAAUACCAGUUUAGAUGAACAACAAUUACGAAGAUUACAUAUGAUUUUGAAACCAUUUAUGUUGAGAAGAAUCAAGAAGAAUGUACAAAGUGAAUUAGGUGAUAAAGUUGAAAUUGAUGUUUAUUGUGAUUUAACAACAAGACAAAAGAAACUUUAUCAACAAUUGAGAUCACAAAUUUCUAUGCUGGAUACUGAUUUACUUGAACUUGAAUCUAAUUCUACUAGUUCUGAUAGUUCAUUAGCUAAUUUAGUGAUGCAAUUUAGAAAAGUUUGUAAUCAUCCUGAUUUAUUUGAACGUGCUGAUGUCAAUUCACCAUUUUCAUUUGGGAAAUUUGCUGAAACAGGUUCAUUUUUAAGAGAAACUAAUGAAUUGGAUGUAAAUUAUUCAACGGAAAAUAUUGUCCAAUAUGAUUUACCUCGAUUAAUUUAUGAUGAACUAUUAACCCCAAAUUAUAACAAACUGAUUCGUGAUUCCAUUUAUUCCAAAUUUAGUAUUUAUAAUCCCGAAAAUAUGAAUGCAACGGGUUGGUUACAAGGUAUAAAUGUUUCUCCUAAUGAAUUGAAACAUUAUUCUCAAAUGGAUAUACUUUCAAGAGCUAUUGAAAUGCAAAAUAAACCAACUGAAACUGAAAAACUAGAAAGAAUAAAUUAUCUUUAUGAAGGUGAUUACAUUCCUAAAAAUAAAAAAUUACUAAUCACCGAUCAUAGUACCAGUACCAAUAGCAGUUUUAUUUCAAAUUCGUUGGUGUUUUCUGAUCUUGUUUCUAUUAAGGAGAAAGUUGGUGAAGAUAUGUAUUUGAAUAAAUUAGAACCAGCAGUGACACCCAUUGCAUCUGCUCCGCCAAUCACUGUGAAUUGUUCAUCAAUGAAUUUUACCAAUAAGAUGAAUAAUACAUUAUUUGAUUCCAAUAUAAGAUCAUCAUUAAUACCAUUAUCAUUAUCUACUGAAUUAAAAUUAAUGAAAGAUCAAAUCCCAUUAGAACAAUAUCCAAAAUCAAACAUGUUACCCAUGCCAAUAUUUGAUUAUUCCAAUAUUCGUAUGCCAUCAAUGGAUAGAUUUAUAGCUGAAUCAGGGAAAUUAGCCAAAUUAGAUGAAUUAUUAAUUGAUUUGAAACGAGGAGGUCAUAGAAUUUUAAUUUAUUUUCAAAUGACAAGAAUGAUGCAAAUUUUUGAAGAAUAUUUAGCUUAUAAAAGUUAUAAAUAUAUUCGAUUAGAUGGAUCAACAACAAUUGAAUCAAGAAGAGAAAUGGUUCAAGCAUGGCAAACCAACCCCGAAAUAUUUAUAUUUAUGUUAUCAACAAGAGCUGGUGGUUUAGGACUUAAUUUAACUAGUGCCGAUACGGUGAUAUUUUAUGAUAGUGAUUGGAAUCCAACUAUUGAUAGUCAAGCGAUGGAUAGAGCUCAUAGAAUUGGUCAAACUAAACAAGUUAAAGUAUUUAGAUUGGUUACUAGAAAUACUAUUGAACAAAAAAUUCUUGAACGUGCUAAAGAAAAGGAAGAAAUUCAAAAACUUGUCGUUGGUAAUAUGUAA